CUCAUGGAGAAAAGGCUCACUUCCUACAUCAUGGUCCUACAAAGAGGGCACAAGUGUGGCAAUGGCACAGAGCUUGUGGCGACUCAUGGGUCAAAUGUCGAGGCGGAGGAGGUGUUUGGACAGGUGCCUCCAAACAGGGAGCCCGACUGGUGCAAGACCCCGACAGGUCACAUCAAAAGGCCCAUGAACGCUUUCAUGGUGUGGUCGCAAAUCGAGCGGCGCAAGAUCAUGGAGCAGUGGCCGGACAUGCACAACGCAGAGAUCUCAAAGCGCCUGGGACGCCGCUGGAAACUGCUGCCUGAUCACGAGAAGAUCCCCUUCAUCAAGGAGGCAGAGAGACUGCGACUCAAGCACAUGGCCGACUACCCUGACUACAAGUACCGGCCUCGGAAGAAGAGCAAGUCCUCGGCGCCGGCCAAGGGCGCAGAGAAGGUUUCCCAGAAGGCUGGCAAGGGCCAGUCACAGCAGGGUCGCACCUCCGCCUCCACCAGCAAGGUGCUCAAACUCAAAGCAUCCGCCUCUGGACACCAAGUGCACCUUAAGAGCGACGGGUCCCGAAGUGAGGGAGAUACAUUGGAUCCAGAAUGGGAGCAAGACAGAAAGCCAGAGAGUAGCAAAGGGGGGACAGCACUGGGCCCCGAGUCCCCUGAGGGCCAGCUGCCCCCUGCCCAGGCCAGACUCAAAGCACUAGCUCCACACAGCAGCACCGAGGAACCCAUCACAUCCAGAGCAGCACCUCCAGCACCCCUGAGGUCCAUAGUGACCCAGCCAGACACCACAAACCCCGGACCGUCCCCUGUACCAACUUCCACCAGCCCCUCCUCCGUGGUGUCGCCUGCAUCGUCCGACGAGGAGCUCGAAGAGGAGAUCCUGCACAUCAUAUCAAACGGUGGCUUUGAUGGCGCAUCCGUGGACUUCUCAGCUCUGGACAAGGACCUGGACGCCUUCAGUGGGAGCUCGGGGUCCCACUUCGACUUCCCGGACUACUGUACCCCGGAGGUGAACGCCAUGAUCUCCGGGGACCUGCUCGCACCAAGUGUCUCGGACCUGGUGUUCACCUACUGACGGCGCACAUCUGCCACAUCGCUCGCAGAGACGGAACCAAACUG